AUGGACAAGUCAUGGAUUGAUUGGGGAACUAGAUGUUCUAAGCCAUACUAUGAGAAGUUAGAUGAGUUCUUGUCCUUUGCAUCUGCUAGUAAAGAUAUAAGUUCAAGGAUAUAUUGUCCUUGUAAAAAAUGCAAAAAUCGUGAUUUAUUUGUAAUAGAUAUUGUGCGAGAGCAUCUUCGAGAUAAUGGGUUUUGGAAGAAGUAUAAGAUAUGGGAGAAACAUGGUGAGUCUAGGGAUUAUGAUGGCUCACUGCAUAGAGAGGAAGUUCUUUUGGGGUCAGACGAUUAUAUGGAUGUAGAUAUGGUUCGACUAGUCCAAGAAGCUCUAGGAACUGCACAUGUUGCAAGACCAGAUGCUGAGAAUGGCGGUGAAGAAAAUUCAGAUCCUCUUGCUGGUGGCCCAAAUGAGACUACUAAAGAGUUCUUGAAAUUAAUGAAAGGUGCAAACCAGCCACUAUAUCCAGGUUCUAAGAAGCAUACGACCUUGUCAUUCAUUGUCCGAAUUCUAGAAGCGAAGGUGUCAAAUGGAUGGUCUGACACUUCUUUCAAGGAUAUGCUUGAUAUAUUUGAGGAGUCUAUGCCAGAAGAUCUUGACAACUGUUUGAUAUGUAAUGCAUCUCGGUGGAAAGAUAAUGAUGUGGAUGAAGGUUUAGAGCUUGGUUCGGGGCUUGGAAAGCGUCGAGCAGCAAAGCAACCAAGAUACUUUCCAUUAAAACCAACGUUGCAGAGGUUGUUUAUGUCCUCUAAAACAGCUACCCUUAUGAGAUGGCAUGCUGAGAAACGAACAGAUGAUGGUGUGUUUAGGCAUCCGGCAGAUUCUCAUGCGUGGAAGGAUUUUGACAGCAAACACUCAAGUUUUGCUGCUGAUAUUCGGAAUGUAAGGCUUGGCUUGGCCUCAGAUGGAUUUAAUCCAUUUAGAACUAUGACUAUACCACAUAGUACUUGGCCGGUCAUAUUGGUUCCAUACAACUUGCCGCCAAUGUUGUUGAUGAAGCAGCCUUAUAUCUAUCUGUUUGUGCUUAUUGAUGGACCACAAGCUCCUGGUGAUAAGAUUGAUGUGUACUUGCAACCACUAAUAGAAGAAUUGAAGGAACUGUGGGAAGAGGGAGUUCCAACAAUUGACGCUUCAAGCAAUCAAAUGUUUCAAUUGUAUGCUGGAUUACUGUGGACUAUCAAUGACUUCCCUGCCUAUGACAAUUUAUCGGGGUGGAGUACAAAAGGUGAAUAUGCAUGCCCGAAUUGCAACUCUGAAACUGAUUCAGUAUGGUGGUCACAAGUGGGGGUUUGGGAGCAGUAA